AUGAUGGCACUCGUGACAUCCCUGGAUACACUUAUGUGCUCGAUCAGCACUUUCAUCCUCGACUCACUGCAUGCUGCGCCUUUCCAAACUUUCGCCAUCUUCCUCCUCCUUCAGUUCCUUCUCGCCCCGACCGUCAUAGCCUUGGUAGUAGCAGCCUGCUUUUCAGCGGUACAGCUAAUCGGUUGGAGUAGAUAUAUGAUGCUGGCUGUGGUAGUCGGUUUCCUUCCCCAUGAGUUGCGAAUCAAUGCUACAGCAUCUACUGUUACUGCAUUUGUGUUUGUUGGUACAUCUUAUGAUGUAUCCGCCUUGAUUGCCUUCGCCCAGCGCCAUCAAACGAUGUUCCUCCUCCACUCAAUCUUCAUCCCAUACUCGACGAUGAAUAUGCUCGCGCUCCUGAAUAUCCUGUUCCACAUCCACGGGCGAAGCCUGCAGACGAAUACCUUGCAGAUUGUAAACAUCUGCCUACCCACUGCUUUCUCGGCGUGUUACGCUCUUGCGGGGGUCUUGAUAUACCGAGAGUACGGAUUUCACCGAGUGGAGGAAGACAUGCCGCUACUCACUGACGAAGAGAUGCAACGUCGCCAGUUGCUUCGUUUGUUAGGGGAACGGAAUACCAGCGCACCAUCGCCCGAUCUUGUGCGAAACACUUAUCGCUUUGAUUUACCGGAUGAAACAGCACAAAAGGACUGGAGUCGUUUGACUCCUUGA